AUGGAGGUGAUCAAGAGUCCGGAUUUUUACAUCAACUACAAAAAGUCCCAAUUCAAGACACCCAUUGAGAUUCUCAAGAAGAACUUCAAAAACCUCCAGAAACUCAUUGAACGCAAUAACUUAUUGAUCAACAAACAACUUGCCAAGAUCAAAACCACCACAGAUAAGAAACAAAAGAUUGCGCUUCUAGACAAGCUUCUUGAACAUGAAAAGCUUUUCCAGAAACGUGUAACAACGAGGGUCAAACAGCAUAGCGAAUACGUGAACAGGCUUGUGUUGCGGAUCCAAAAAUUGGACCACAUAAACGACUUGUACAACAAGUAUUCCCACAUGACAAAGAAAGACAUCGAUUCCGGGCUCCCGAAAGAGCUUCAAGAUUUUUACAGAACUGAAAAUAACUUGUUGAUUAUUGAAUACCUACUAAGACAGUAUCCACCUGACGAAUACAAGGAUUCAGAGAAUCCAGCAAUUCUUUUGUCCAAACAGCUUGAACUCGACAAGUACGUCGACGCCGACAUUGUGUUGCAGGGUCUGAAAAUCCAGGAUGAGAUAGUCAACAAAAAGAAUUUGAAGCUUCUUAAGCAAUGGUGCACCGAGAACAAAAAGAACUUGAUUCACAUUCGAGAAUCCUUCCCGCAAUUGGUUACUUCCGAUAUAGAGUUCGAAUGCGAUUUUCAGGAAUUCAUAGAGAAAAUUAACAAGGGAGAGUAUGGCAAGGCAUUGGUGUAUGGGAGGAAGAAUUUGUCAAAUAAGUAUAUAAUGGAUCGGUUUGAGAAGAUUGCCAAAGGUUCCUCAGUGAUUUGGUCUCAGUUCAUAAUGCAAUCUUUUGGUGAGAAAAACCUGAGGAACCACAGCCGAAGUCAAACCGAUGACGUGUUUAGCUUCUACAAUUCGUGCUCAAAACCACAACCUCCAACGAGCUUCAAGAAUAUCUUUAUGGACAUGUUGUCUUCGAAGUCGUGGGACAACUUGGGACGGUUUUUUUCUUUGAACUUCAAGUUACUAUACGGCAUGAACCAGAUCCCAGCAUUGGAGACGAUGCUCAGCAUUGGCGGUUCUGUUUUGAAGACAAAGUCAUGCAUCCAUUUGGCAUCGAAUGGCAGCAAAAGUGGGUUUGCAAACUUUGUGUCCUCUGCAAAUAGUCACGACCCGUUGAAGAAGUACAUGAGCAGCACGGAGUGUCCAAUUUGCUCGGUCGAGCUCAACAACAUCACAUACCCACUUCCCCACUCGCUACAGACCAAGUCGAAUCUCUUUGAUGAUCCGGUGAUGCUUCCGAAUAAACACAUCUAUUCGUACAGCCAGUUGAUGUUUUAUAACCGGAACAACCUUGAGCGACCUAUUUUACCGUCGGAAAGCUUGAUCAAGGGAAUCAUUUCUGCCGACGGACACUUGUCGAUAGACAGAUUUUGCCGGGAUGGUCUCACGUUUCCUGACAAUGCUCGGUCAAACACCGUAGUAGUGGAUCCGUUAUCUGAGGAAACCUUCACCUUGAAAACACUCGAGAAGGUAUUCCCUACAUGA